CAUCCCUUCAAAAAGAUUCUCCUCACACAAACAUUUUCUCAAAAACACACAUAAUCAUUCAUCACUACCAAACCUUCUCAAUCUAUAUAAAAAAUCAUCACCAAACCCAUCUCCACCAUACUCAAAACUUCACCAUGCCAAACAAUACCACAACCUCACCAAAACCCUUCAAACCCUCUAAAUCCAACUCAUUUUUCAAUUGCAAAAAAACCAAUCUAUACUCUUUCUUAGCUCUUCUUUGCAUCCUUUCAUACCUCUUAGGCUCAUACCAAAACACCACAACAAAAGCCAACACAAGCAAAAAUCUCCAAAAAAACAAAAUAACACCACAAUGUAUCCAACAAAACCCAAAUCAAAAUCCAAAAAUAACAAAACAAAGUCAAAAAACAAAAACAACCCACUUAGAUUUCUUCUCACACCACAACCUAACAACACUCUCACAAACCCAUCAUUAUCCAUCUUGCACCCCAAAACUAACAGACUACACCCCAUGUGAAGACCACGCGCGAUCGUUAAAAUACACGCGCGACAAAAUGAUUUAUAGAGAAAGACACUGUCCUAAGAAAAAUGAGAUACUAAAGUGUCGUGUUCCAGCACCAAAUGGUUAUAAGAAUCCAUUUCCAUGGCCUAUAAGUAGAGAUAUGGCUUGGUAUGCUAAUGUACCUUACCGUCAUUUAACGGUUGAAAAAGCUGUGCAAAAUUGGAUCCGUUUUGACGGUGAUAGAUUCCGUUUUCCUGGUGGUGGUACUAUGUUUCCAAAUGGUGCUGAUAAAUAUAUUGAUGAUAUUGCUAAGCUUAUUAAUCUUCAAGAUGGUUCUGUUAGAACUGCUGUUGAUACUGGUUGUGGGGUUGCUAGUUGGGGAGCAUAUCUUCUAUCACGUAACAUACUAACAGUAUCAAUUGCACCAAGAGACACUCAUGAAGCACAAGUUCAAUUUGCACUUGAAAGAGGUGUUCCUGCAAUUAUUGGUGUCUUAGCCUCAAAAAGAUUGCCUUUCCCUUCUAGAGCAUUUGAUAUGGCACAUUGCUCUCGUUGUCUUAUUCCUUGGGCUGAAUAUGAUGGACUUUAUCUAAAUGAAGUUGAUAGAAUUCUACGACCUGGUGGGUAUUGGAUUUUAUCUGGGCCACCAAUUCAUUGGAAGAAAUAUUGGAAAGGAUGGGAAAGAACAAAGGAAGAUUUGAAUGAAGAACAAACCAAAAUUGAGAAUGUAGCUAAAAGCCUUUGUUGGAACAAAUUAGUUGAGAAAGGUGAUAUUGCUAUUUGGCAAAAACCCAAAAAUCAUCUAAAUUGCAAAGUCACUCAAAAGAGACCUUUUUGCCAAGAGGAGAGUAACCCUGACAAAGCUUGGUACACAAACAUGCAAACAUGUUUAAAUCCACAUCCUGAAGUAUCCAACGAAGAAGAAACAUCUGGUGGAGCAUUAAACAAUUGGCCACAAAGACUAAAAUCAACCCCACCAAGGAUUUCAAAAGGAACCAUAAAAAGUGUUACACCACAAACAUUCUCAAAAGACAAUGAAUUAUGGAACAAAAGAAUAUCAUAUUACAAAAAAGUUAAUAAUCAACUUGGAAAAGCUGGUAGAUACCGCAACUUAUUAGAUAUGAAUGCUUAUUUAGGUGGAUUUGCAGCUUCACUUGUUAAAUAUCCUAUUUGGGUUAUGAAUGUGGUUCCUAUUCAAGCUAAAGUUGAUACACUUGGAGCAAUUUAUGAAAGAGGGUUGAUUGGAAUGUAUCAUAAUUGGUGUGAAGCUAUGUCUACUUAUCCUAGAACUUAUGACUUAAUUCAUGCUGAUUCUUUGUUUAGCCUUUAUAAUGACAGAUGUGAAUUGGAAGACAUAUUGCUAGAGAUGGAUAGGGUUCUUAGACCAGAAGGAAGUGUAAUAAUUAGAGAUGAUGUUGAUAUAUUGGUCAAAGUAAAGAGCAUAAUCAAUGGCUUAGAUUGGGAGAGUCAAAUUGUGGACCAUGAAGAUGGGCCUCUUGAAAGGGAGAAACUUUUAUUUGCUGUGAAAAAGUAUUGGACCUCUCCUGCCUCUAAUGACAUUUCUAGUUAGGGCACUAUUUAAUAUUUAUCACUCCCUUGGCUUAUAAAAAUUUUAGAAGUGUAUUUCUGGACGAUAAAUUGUUCAGAAGUAUACUUUUAAACGGUUUAAAAUUUAUAUUAUUUCAUAUAAAAAUAUCUUAAUUCAUGUUGGAGGUGGAGAAAGUUUUAGUUAAGUACACUAUUUUUAGUCCAUUAGGGCUGCUACUUUAUUUUAGUUCUUUUUAUAGCUCCAUCACCUUUGUUUCAUUGGUUUUGUUUUAUCUUUUUUACUUUUGCUAAGUUGUUAUUCUUUUGUAUUUUUAUUUUAUGCUUUUUGGGGAUAGUUAAAGGAAAUUUGGUUGAAUGCAAAUUCAGUUUAAUUGUAAAAACAACAAUCCAAAUUCCAGAGCUUCUGAAAUGUUUUGUUCAAAACAAGUGUUAAAGUA